UAGAAAUAUGCCCAGGUUGGGCACUGCGGGAGGCUGAGCUCAGUUCAAAGCUGCAGUGAGCUCUGAUGACGCCACUGCAGGCCAUCCUGGGGGACAGAGCAAACAAGACGCAGCUCAAAACAUUAAAAAAAAAAAAAAAAAAAGGAAAGGAAAUAAAACCAGGAAGACCUGCUGCCAGCUGGUGGGGAUGCCAGGAUUUGAACCCAGCGUGCAGCACGGGGUUCUGCGACUUACAGCUCCCUCCCCGAGGGUCGAGCUGCCACCGUAGGGAGGUGGGGACGACAGGUCCACGCCAGGCAAGCCGUGGGCGAGAGUGGUCGCGCUUAGGAGAGCCUCGGGCUGCGCCUUGCGCCCACCGUCCGGCCCCAUGGCCCUGCUGGGCGCGCUGCUCAGCUUCGCGCUGCUGGCGGCCGCGGUCGCCAGUGACUACUGGUACAUCCUGGAGGUGGCGGGCGGGCGCGCAGAGCAGCUGUCCUCGCACUCGGGGCUCUGGCGCAUCUGCGAAGGGUGGAACAGUUGCAUCCCCCUGGUCGACCCCUUCACCAGUGAGAGCCUGGACGUCUCUGCCUCAGAGCAGCACCUCCUUGUCCACUCUCACCGCGCCGUCAUGGUGGUCCUGCCCCCGAGCCUGGUGCUCCUGGUGUGCGGCUGGGUCUGCGGUGGCUCCCUGGCCCAGAGCACCUCACUGCUGCUUUUCACAGGCUGCCACUUCCUGCUGUGGGGUGCCCUGACCCUGGCGGGGGUCAGUGUCUACAUGGGCUACUCCCACCUGGCCUUCGCGGAGACUGCCCGCCAGUACGGCCCACAGCACAUGCAGAACGUCCACAUCAGCUUCAGCUGGUCAGUGGCCCUGGCCUGGGGCUCCUGUGCCUCGGAGGUGCUCAGCGGCGCCCUGCUGCUCACGGCCGCCCAGGCCCUCAACCAGGGUGGCCAGCCAGACACCUCCCACUCUGUGGUCAUCUGAGUCCCCAGUGGGCUGGCAGGCAGGUGAUGGGGGGAGACCUCAGCUUCCCUAUGCAUCCCUGGGGAUCCCUGGAGUUCUGGAUUGGGGGAGUCUGGGGUGGCUGGGGUAUCCUGGGUGUUGAGGGGCUAACCGCCCCUCAGAGAUGAGAAGAGAGAGUCCAGAAAGAGGACGCAGAGGGCUGAGGGGACACGAGCUGCGUGGCAGAGCCGGGUGGCAGUCCUCGGACUCUGGGUGCUCAGCCUGUGUCCGUGCCUGCCCAUGUGCUUCCCUGGAAAGUCCCUGUGUCACCACUGCCCCCGUCGAGGGACCUGGACAGUCCAGGAAGAGAAGAGUGUGCCAUGCUGGGUGCUGAGGGCUGCCCUGCUCUCCAGGCCCCCAACAGCCCUCUUCAGUGGUUACCAUUUACUCCAUUUUACAGAGGGGGAGAGUGAGGCCCCAGUCACACAAAGCCAGGUGUCCUUGUGGCCGGGACCUCCCAGCUGCUGUUCUGUCCACUCUCCUCAGAAGGCAGGUGCUGGUGGGGAGGAGGUGAGGAGAGACUGGGGAGCCCCAGGGUGGAGCUGAGUGGGCUAGAUACGCUCACCCCCACCUGGAGGGUGAUUUUUACUGAACAUGUCCAGGCACAGGCCACCAGUACCUCUGGGCCUGGCCUUCCACUCCCCAGCACCCUGAGGAAUGGCUGCCAUGUGGCCGCCUGGUGGGACCCUGACCUGGCUGGUGUGGGAGUCUAGGAAGGCUGGGGAGGGGUGGGGGAGGCCAUGCCCUGGUGGAAGGGUGUGGGCCACUCAUCACCUGCCUCGUGGUGGCCUGGAUGAAAGAUCACCACUGGGCGAGGGCCAGACAGGGAGAAUGGGGAUAGCCAGCUCAGACCUGAGCCAUCCUGGGUCAUGGAUGCUGGGGCAGGCCUAUGUUUAUGUCAGUGGCCAGUCAGGGUGGUACAGAAGUGUCCCCAGGGGGCUGUGAAGCAUCUGGAGCCGCAGAUAGCCCCGUGUUAGGUGUGGGACUCAUCCUGAUCCUAGGACAAGUGCUGAGGGAGGUGGCAGAUUCUCUGGCCCGUUCUUCCCCCUGCACCCCUUUCGCCUCCCAUCAUUGUUUCAAAGUGACAGGAAACUCCUGGCUCAGGGGGCUGGCACUGUUUUGAUGGGACCCACUGAGGGCAGGGAUAUGGGAGGUGAGUGGGGCCUGCCCUUCCUCCUUGACUUUGAACAUGAGGGAACACUGUGCCACUUUGCCCCAAAUAA